AAAGAAAAUAUAUACGGGGUUAAAUCUAAAAAGGCACAAUUUGAGGUACACUGUACAUGAGAGUGAUAACCAUGCAGUGCACUUGGGGCCUUCAAUUCGGACCUCGACAGUAAGAAUGACUGUGAACGUCGAAUCGGUAUCAAGACAAAUCGAUGUGCUGAAGAUUUUAAUCUUAGAACCGGACCUUAAGAGAUAAACAUCACACCAAGAACUUCGCCUGUGCCAAUCGUGGUUAAAUAUGGACCAGGAAGAGAUUGACGAUGGAUUAGCUCCUCAUGAGAUGGUGAACGGCUUGGGGGACGAUCUCGGCUUAAUUUCCGUCGAUGAUGGGCUUGAGUGUGAAAAUACAGGGGAAGAAGAAGUGAGGACGGAUGAUCAUGAUGAUGAUAUCGCAGAUGGUGGCGAAAAAGAGGACUCAGAGCCUGAGUCAGAGAAGCAACCCACUGAUCAGCAAGCGGACAGUACGACAUCGUCCUCCUUGUCGUUUGAUACAACACCUGCCCUCAUGUCGACUACUCCUGGUCGUUUUGUCUCCUUGUGGUUACCGAAUGACACUACAGAGACAGAGAAACCUGACAAGCCGUUACCGAGUUCGUCUCUCACAGUUCGACGUCCUUUAGAACGAUCACCUUCAAAGAAGAAAGACACCGUGGUGCUCCUCAACCACCUCGACGGAUCCGAGUUCACUGACACCCUCCACUCCCAGGCAAUCGAACAGGAAACUACUAACCUAUCCAGAGACGGGAAGGCCGAUUCAGUGACGUCACCAACCCGGCAGAAACCCCCUCCAAGAUCUCAAGAUGAAAAAAUACGCCUGGCUCGGGAGUUCAUCGACCAAUAUUAUGCGCAUGCUCAGAGGUCAGGAACUGUAUCUCACGAGCGUCGCCUGUAUGAAGUUCAAACGAGCAUCAAAGAAAGUGGUUCAUAUCAUCUCACUGAAGCUGAGCUCAUAUUCGGGGCAAAGUCAGCAUGGAGAAACCUUCCACAGUCUAGAUGCCGAAUUUAUUGGAAUAAGCUACAGGUUUUCGAUGCUAGAAAAGUGACAAAUUCUCGUGAUAUGUUCGAGAUGCUGUGCAAGCAUUUACUGUAUUCGACAAACAAGGGAAAUGUGAGGCCGGCUAUAACAGUAUUCCCACCUCGAAAAGGCGAUGGUCAAACGGAUUUCCGAAUUUGGAACUCACAGUUGAUCGGAUAUGCAGGGUAUCGGCAACCCGAUGGAUCAGUGCUGGGAGAUCCGAGCAAUCUGGCAUUUUCUGAGGUCUGUCAAACUCUUGGAUGGCGGAGUGAUCGAACCCGUUUUGAUGUCCUUCCGCUUGUUCUCCAGGUCAAUGGUGAGGAUCCUGAGGUCUUUGAGAUUCCACGCGAGCUGGUUCACGAAGUCGAAUUAUCUCAUCCAGAACUUCGAUGGUUUGUGGAUUUGAAGUUGAAAUGGUACUCGAUGCCUUCCUAUGCCAAUUUCAUGCUAGACGUUGGCGGUAUCCAGUUCCCAGCCUGCCCCAUUAAUGAGUGGUAUGUUGCAUCGGACAUCGCUAAUAAUGCUCUCUGUGCACCGAAGCGUUACGACAUGCUUAGGAUGAUAGCUGAUCGUUUGGGUCUUGAUGUAUCCUGCACAGACUCACUAUGGAAGGAUAGGACACUGGUUGAAAUGAAUGUAGCAGUUAUUCACAGUUUUCAGCAAUAUGGCGUUACGAUCAUGGAUCAUCACACAUCAUCAGUGGAGUUUAUGAAGUUUUUUGCUUCCGAACACGAGGUUAGGCAAGGUUGUCCAACAGACUGGAGAGCCGUGGUAUCUCCGCUGACCGCCAGCGUGACUUCGCUCUUUCAUCAAGAAACGCUCAACUAUCAGCUGAUGCCAACCUUCACUGUUCAGGAAAACCCGUGGAAUAAAGCAGAAUGGAAAUCUAAGUUAUCAUCUGGAAAGCUAAGCAUAGAUAGAAUUCGUUCACCGGGAGCAGAUCCAUCACGGUUUUCAUCACGCAUUUUACGUCGGGCCCUCUCUGGGACAUUCAAGGCUACUGUACUUUAUGGUGGGUUCACCAAAUCCGAAUAUUAUGCGAAGAAAGUGUACGAAACAUUUCGAAAGGCCUUCGACAUUCGUCUGCUUCGCAUGGAUGAAUAUGACGUCAUGAAUUUGGAGCACGAGAAUCUCUUGUUGGUUGUAACCAGCACGCAUGGCAACGGGGAACCGCCUAGCAACGGACAGGACUUCUGUCGCUAUCUGAUGGAAAUGUCGGAAAAUAACAACAAUGUAUCGUCCAUUCCUCAAUCACCGGUUUCUCCACGAUGUGAGAAGUUUUGCGAUGGGAACCCUCUAACCGAAGCGACAAGUGAAGGAGGAUUUAAGCUCCGAGGAAGUGGAAUUCUAGGGAGUCUCAGCUAUGGAGUGUUUGGGUUAGGAUCGAGUAUCUACCCAUAUUUUUGUGCCUUUGCCCGAGGUGUGGAUCUGAUGUUUGACACGCUAGGAGGAGAUCGACUCGUCGACAUGGGAUGGGGUGAUGAGAUGAGAGGACUAGAUGAAACAUUCGAUGGAUGGCUCAUUAAAACUUUCAUGGCGGCAUGUGAGAAGUUUCAUAUCGGAGACAGUGCCUCUGGAAUAACACCAAACCUUGCUACUGUCGCACCUAGCACAGACUGGGCGGCGUCUAAAUUCAGGAUCUAUGCGGCAGGAAUAGAUGUUAAGUCUAGUGCUCCUGUACCUGAUCUAUGCGAUGCUUUGAGUCACCUUCAUGACCGGAAGGUUUACCCAUGUAACAUCAUCUCAAGGAAGAGUCUUCUACCACCGGAAUCAAGUCGGUCAACUAUCCUAGUCCGCCUCAAUACCAACGGGGAAAAGGAGAUGGCGUACCAACCCGGUGAUCACGUGGCUUUCUUCCCAUCCAAUGAAAGCGCAGUAGUCACUCGCGUGCUCAAGCGACUCGACUACCAAAAAUCUCCCGAUGCAAUAUUCAAGUUGGAAAAGCUUGAGCCGCGGGAGACACAACUCGGUACGUUAAAAGUUUGGACAACUGUUUCUCGUUUACCAACCUGCUCAAUGCGGACCGCUCUGGAGCGCUUUCUGGACCUCACCACGCCCCCAACACCAGACUUCCUCCGCCUUCUAGCAACUAGGGCUACAGACCCGAGAGAUAAAGAGAAGCUUGGCAUACUUGGUAUGGGAUCCGAUGAGUACGAAGAGUGGAAGUCGGAGAACUGGCCCAACAUGGCAGAGGUGCUAGAAGGAUAUCCCUCUCUCAAGGUUCCGGCAUCGCUUCUUCUGACCCAGCUACCUCUUCUACAACCAAGAUAUUACUCCAUCAGCUCCAGUCCAAAGCAGUAUCCUAACGAGAUCCAUGCUACAGUAGCAGUGGUCUCGUAUCAUCCUAACGGAGGCCGAGGCCCAGUACAUUAUGGAACAUGCUCUUCUUGGCUAUAUCGAGUGUGGAAGGAUGAUGUCAUACCAGCCUUCGUAAGCUCAACCCCAUACUUCCAUCUUCCUGCGGACAAGUCUGCUCCAGUCAUCUUGGUAGGACCUGGGUCUGGUGUCGCUCCCUUCAGGUCCUUCUGGCAGGACAGACAGGCUGACUUGCGUCACCUUGCCUCGUUUAAGAGAGAGCUUGCCAACAACAAUGAUACCGAAGAAACAGACGUGAAGGAUCGCCGCGGUGAAGGAGAUGGUUCGGACACCUUCGGGGAUAUAACCCUGGUGUACGGAUCUAGGAAUGCCAAAGAAGACCUUUACAAAGGAGAGACGUCAGUGGCUAAAGAUGAGGGCGCCCUUACUGCUGUCCUGACAGGGUAUUCUCGGGAUCCUGGCAAGCCUCGAAAAUACGUACAGGACAUUCUCAAAGACCAUCCUUGGUUAGUUUAUAAUGUUCUAUAUCGCCGUCAUGGCCAUAUCUAUGUCAGUGGUGAUGUUAUGAUGGUAAAAGAGGUCAGCAACACUAUCGAGAGCAUUAUUUCUCAGUUUGGUCGUCUAGGGGCAGCAGAGGCAAGAGAUUUUGUCCGGAAAAUGAAGGACGACGAUCGCUAUCACGAGGAAAUGUACGGCCUAACUUUACAUGUUGGUGAGGUGAUGGAGAAAAUACGUGUAAGCAAGAAAGGUACCCAGGUGAUGGUGAUGAAUGAUGAAGGUCCAAAGCUUCAACCUAUCAUUGGUAGAAAGGGAGCAGCACUAGCAAAGCAACAAGAGGCUCUUCGCCAAGGAAUCCCUGGAUCGCCCACCAUGCCCCGACUGCGCAGGCGCGUGACAGCCACCAUUCUCAUGCGGUAUAAUAGCUUGAUGGGAAUGGACAAGAAGAAAACAGAAAAUGAAAAACCAAUGGCAGGAGUUAGACUACGAAAACCCACAGAUGACAUCGCAGCCCGAAGGAGACGCUAUGAGGACGGUCGACGUUACAGUACUGGCAGUUCAAACCGUGUUGUAAAAGCUUGAAUUCCUUGAAAUACUAUACAUCUUACUUUACAACAUGAAAAUAAACAUUGUUGUUUGAUCCAUCAAUUGUUUUAAGUGUUAUAGGUAAAUAUUUACCGCGCUCAAAGAAUUAGAUAAGUUGAGGAAUUGCCCAUGGGUGUUAAGAUUAUGUGAAAUUUCAUCAAGUAGCCUUCUGAAGAUCUCCUCGACGUCUGUGGGACUUCUCCGAAAUCUCACGGAGACGUCUCCGCAGUCGAGGAUGUAAUUAGUCUACGCGACAUCUCUUUAUAAACUGAAGAAGACGUCUCUGCAACUAGCCAAAUCUGGAGUCGUCUAACUUGCUAGUCGCGAUCUAGUUGAGAAAGACACCCUUUUAAUCUUCAGAUGAUUCAUAUGUAUAUCAUGCAUAUUCUCUGUAAAUAUUAUGUUCACCAACGGAAACUAUCUGAUCACUAUUAUAAGUAAAUGUAUGCUCGAUGAUGAAAUGACUUACAAAUCCGAAUUCCACAAUGGUUUGUUAUAUUGUGAAGGGAUUUGAUGAAGAAAUGUUUGUGAUGACGAUUAUGAUUAAGAAUAUCAUUUUUGAAGUAAAGAAUCGUCCGGAAGAAGAAAAUAACAAGUCUUUAUUUUAAUACGUUAGUCAAUUUUAAACCAAUUAAAUCGUUUAUACGGGUUGACUUCGAAUAUUUCUUCAGAAUUCAAAUGCGAUUUUGAAGCAUUUUCAAGCUGUACUGUUUCAAAAUUAACAUUUGACUUUCUUGUAUCAAUAUUGUGAAGAUCACAGAUCUUAGCUGAAACGGUAAUGAUCAGACGUUGAUACGCUGCUGAUUAAUGUGGCCAGAGCGAAUUUCGCUAUCAAUUAUAACAUAUAGUUGCCAUGUAUAUCUCAUGGAUAAAAGAACAAGGAUGAUCUUACCAUUUAUUGAGAAUCCAUUUUAUUUAUUUUCUAAUUUUCAUUAUUUUACUUUGAUCAUGACUCGAAGUUUGCCUUUGGGGCACUAACCGAGCAAUCAUACCUUUUUGCUGGAUAAGCUUAUAUCCAGGGAGCUGACCAAGGCAUAGGCCUAUUAGUAUCUUCUCCGUAAACUGAUUAAUUAUACAGCCUUACUCCAGAGUGAUGUUUCGCUGAUUUGAUUCUUAAAUUUACCCUUUUCAGAUCGGAAUAUCAAUGUCAUAAGCAUUAUACAAUUAAACCAGCAACAUGAUGAAUUGUCACAGAAUAAAUUAACUAAGUUUCGGUAUUUUCAAGUCUGUUAAUUUUGUUACAAGAGAAAAUCGCGGAUGAUUUUUGAGCUCAUCAUUGACUAUUGAUCAUUCUUCUACCACUGAUCCCCAACUUAAUGAUAUAUACCGUGUACACGUUUUGUAUGCCUGCUCAUAAGCCUUGCUUUUUAGUGAACCUUAAAAGGUUAUAAAUCAUGCUAAUUUAAUAUAAUUGUGUUAUCUUGAUAUAAGUUAUGUUUGGUUUCCAUUUAUUCACUAUGAAAUACAUUAACCAGGGAGCGUUUCACAAAAGGACCUGUCGGACGUUUUAUCCGAUAAGUACUGUUUAUCCGACAGUUACUAUGAUAACAAUGACUCUCAGCCAAUCAUUAUCAAGGAAAGUUGUCAGAUCUGAAAACUUGUCGGCCAAAAAUAUUGAUGAAACGCUCCCCUGUUGACGGCUGAAUUCUGUAACUCCCAUUGGCUUUGUACAUGGAUUACCUGGUUCCAGCAUGGACCUACUUGGUCAAUGGUUUCAGUAUAUAUAAUGGGUUAAACGUGGUAAUUUCCAUAUAGAUAGAUGGCGCCAUAUAAAUGCAAAUUAUUAUUAUCAAUACUAUAUUCCAUCGUCUUCUCACUCAUGAUGUGUUCAUGAAGGUAUACAUUUUCUCAUGGAUAACUUUCAUAAAUUGUGUUGUCUUUCUUUUGUUGGGUUGUUGAAUGGUGUUAUUUAUUUUUAAUAAAAAGUC